GAUUUCAAAGUUCACAAGAAGUGCAUAGGACAGAAUCGUCGUGCCAUGCAGUCAUACAGCUACAUCCGCCGCUCCUUCCAAAACUGUUAGCGCUCAUUUGGCGGAGGCGAGUUACAAGUGCAUUCGUAAUCUUCCGUGCUGCAAGAUUGAAUCGGGUGGCAUCGUACCAUCAGAUACCAGGCACAGCAAACCCUUCAUUUCGUCAACAUUUGGCAGCCAAGACUCUUUCUACCGUCUAUAUAUCAUCCUGACUCAUAGAAAGUCGACUACACCAUACCGUUACUGAUGCCCAACCAAAGUCAGGUCAUUCAAGAGUGCACUGGGGACAGUCGAUGCCCAAGGCUACUGCUAUCAAAGGGUAACACUGUCCUUUGUGAUUUUUUCGAUGAAGAACUUCCACCCGCUUGGCAUGCUCCGAAAUUCUUUAUUUCGUUGGGUAUCUUCAAAAUGUGUUGCUUCCUAUUUACCUGGCGCGGUGAUCUGCGCUGGUUACACUCCCUCUUGAGAGAGGGAGAUAACUGGGAACAGUUGCAUGGUCAUUAUUUGACCCAGCUCAAUCAAUUGAGCACCGUGCAAGGACUCGUGCUUGCCACUGCGGCGGUCUUCAUGUCAUCAAAUCCGCCACUUAUGCAAGAUGUCAACUAUUCAUCUAAUGCAUCUUACGCCUGUUUGGCAGAGUCGCUUGUCUUUUCGUUGUUUGGGCUGUUGUUCCAGCUGAAAGUAUCUGCCAAUGGAUUCAUUUUUCGAAAGCGUGAAGCUGCAAAAGUCAUCGUUGAGAGGCGCUGGAGAAUUUUUUGGCACAUCCUGGGUUUGGCGGUUCCAGUCAUUCUCUUUGGCAUAUCAGUGGUGCUGAUGAUUGCUGCCAUCGUGCUCACAGGGUUCUCGUCUCACUCCAAAACCGUCCAAUUGUAUCUGAGCACAACGUUUGCUUUCCUGUGCGCGUGUCAUUUGGUGUCGAUUCUGGCUUCCCCAUUAUACUAUCAUUUGUCGAACUUAUGUGUCCACAUUCUGAAGACCGCGAGUGGUCAGGAAGGGGGAGCGAGCGCCGCUUGAAACAGUGGAGGUUGGGUGUUUAGUCCAUCUACGUCAGUACUCUAUAUGCCUUAUCGACUUCGCCAGGUUGGGAAGGCAAUAUCUGGCGAUAUUGUACAAUAAAGUAAUACGAAGAACCUCAAUUAAUGAUACCGAUUUCUUUUCUCGGAGCUAUUCGGUCGUUUUCUAUGAGCGAGCGGAUUUGGCGGUAAAUGAAACCACCUCGCACUCCUUGCUAGAAGUGCUUUC